UUUCGAAUUUCAUUUAACACUCAUACUUUAUUCAUAGUCGAGCAGUUCACUGCAUUAGUAUAACUAUUUUAAUAUUAUUUUAAUAUUAUUGUGUGUGUUAUCGUGUUCGUCAAAUAACAUUAUGGACUCCUCUAACCAUGGAUCCGUUAAGGAUAUGGGAGACAUGGGUGAAGUAUUACGCGACGUGUCUGAUUUAUCACCUGAAGAUUUGAGAAGACAGAACAGAAAUCUACAGAAAUUUUUAGUUAAAGUGAUCGACUUGUUAAAAGAAAAAUCCGAUCGAUGCGUCACACAAGAAAAACAUAUUGAAGCGCUAACGUUACAAACAAAGUCAUUGAAAGAAGUCGUGGACAUCACAAAGCACAUGUUGGCUAUUCGUAACACAGAAGUGAAUCGUAUGACGGAUGAUUUGGAAAGUCUUCAAGACAAAAUCAAUGCGGAGAGAAGCCGCCACAGUGCAAUAAUUGAAAAAAUGAAUUUAGCUGCAAAAUUAAACGACGAACUGAGAUCUGAGUAUAAAGAACAAUCGGAGCGGUUUGAAAAUAUGCGCGUUAAAUAUGACGAAAAGUUUUCAAUACUUUCGGAAGAAAAUAAAAGAUUACAAGAUGCAUUACCCACCGAAACAACUGAUUGAAAAACUUAUCUAACUAUCUAACUUUAAACAUUUUUCGAACGUAAGCAAUAACUAUUGUUUAUUAUGAAACGUAUGUACAAUUGUCAAUUAUUUAGUAUUCUAAAGAAAAAUAAUGACACCCUGAUACACUAAACUUCCAAGUGCAUGAUUUCAUGAAUAAUUAGAAAAAAUACAAAACUAUAAAAUGUACAAUCAAUUUGACUUAAUGAUUAUACAAUAAUCUUUAUUUAUUAAAUAAAAUUUAUACUAUUAUUGAUUUAUUAUUAAUAUUAUGAUAUGGAGGAGUACCUAUACUGAACUUACCUUUAAUUAACUACAUAUUGCAACGUAUAUUAUUAAUGACUCAUUAAUUAAUUGGUUUUAUAUUGUUUCUGCAUAACAUAGAAAAAUUCUUAUUAAACUAUAUAAUCUAUACACUAAAGAAGUUAUUACAAAACUAAGCAUAGUUCCAUUUAUUAA